AAAUUCAAGCUCAUCUUUAUUUACUUACCUCAAAUCGGAAGUUGAUGUCAAAGGAUUACCAGAAAUUCAAAGGAUAUGUGAUAUAAUUCUAAAAAUAUUCAUUGAACAUCAAAAAAUAGACAGGAUAACAGUGUCAAUGUUUAGAUUCCUCGAUAAAUUAUUUGAUUCUGGCUGUAUUGAAUUGAUAAUGGCAGAUUCUAGUUCAGAAUUCGAAUUUAUCAAGAAAACCUUGAAACUGAUUCAGGUAGAGAUAGCAGGUUGUAAAGAUAUUUAUAAGUUGAUUGAUGGUAUCACAGUUCUUUGUCAGUACAUUCAGGUAAAAGGCGAAGUAUGUGAUAUAGCCCUAGUCCAACUGAGUAUUCUAUUAUGUCAUAGACAGCCCUAUAUUAGACGAACAACCUCAAAUAAGCUAUAUGAAUCUCUGCUUGUGAAUGGCGAAAGCAGCAACAUUAGUUCUGAAAACAUUGAUGAUGUCAUGAACCUUCUGAGUGGAACAGAUUGGGAAAAGCCUGUUGAGGAUGUUAGGCCUGUUCGUAAUCAGUUGUGCAAUCUCAUGGGUGUUAAAGUACCAGUAACAGUGAAAAAGAAAAUAUAAGGGACUACUUGUGUAGUAUGAUAUCAAUUGUUGAAAAUUAAAAGAUUUUUCAAAACACCAGUAAACUUCAGGCUCAACCUUUGUGUCACCAGUCAGUUGUCAGAGUGAGCCUGUUUGCUUUUCACUAAUUUACCAUUUAGUUUUGCCAACUAUUUCGUAACCUUCCAGAAAGAAAAGUAUUACGAAACUAUUAAAAUCCAUUAUAAGAAUAUGAAACACCCUAAUUAUUAAAAAACUGUUGAAACAAAAAUUCAAAAGAGAUCUGGAAUGACGCAUUUUCACUCAGUUUAUUGAACUUUUAACAUCCUAAAACAUGCUAUUAUUAUGAGACUGAAAAAUAAUGUGGAAAAAUAAGUUGGACCUUGUGAUAUAAUCAACUUUAUAUUGCGCUCUUAGGUAUAUUUUAUCAUUUCAAAUGAAAUUUGACUUUCUUUUCUGAUAUACUCCAAUGAUAUAAAUAAUCAUUAUCCUGUUAACUUUUGAACACAAUGGAAGAUAUCAAGUUCGCGUAAGUUGGUUUUUGUUAAAAAGGCACCUAUUUCAGUAUUUUUUAACACAGCCAUUUUGACAAAAAUGUCCUAAAUGAAAAAAGUAUAUGUUCUUGAAUGUUUUCUAAUUUGUUGCAAAGUUUUCAGUUAUAGUUUAAAGUUGGGUCUAAGAACAAUUUUGUCGAUUUUCAACCCAAUGUGAGAUUUAAAAAAAAUAAACUCUAGAUUAAAAAAGUGUUUUAAUUGGGUUAUUUCAUCUUUUCAUUCAAAUAGUUUUGAUACAAAAUUAAAAUCAUAAGUGUUUUCUGAACUUUUUGUUUUUAAGAUUCCACGAUCUGAAAAAUAAAAAAUAACACCAAUAAAAAUCACUUGCAAGUUUUCAGAAGUUGUCAAAUAAGAAUUAUAUUUCGUAUAUCUGUUAGUGUCUACUAUGUCAAAAGGCAAUUAUAAAAUUCUUUAUUCAAUCUGGUUUUGAAGAGAAGACAAGUUUUGGAAAUGGAACGAGAUAUUUCCAAACGUCACUCAAAAGAGAAAAGUUGAGCAGAAAAAUUAUUUUCAUUAGUUUCAUCCCAUUUGAUUUGAAAAAUGUAUUGAUAUGGCAAGCUAUACUGACUAUUUUUAUUAAAAGAUAAUGAUGUAAUAACACUUCCAAAAUACAAAAAUUAAUUGGCGCUCCGGGGCAACUUCAUUGAUACCAGUGACGCACUUACUUUGGUAUCUCAUUUGUUCUAAAGUUAUCAGGAGGAAUAAGAGAGAUUUUGAAACAUUAUCUUGUCAUAUUUGGUAAUACAGUAUUUCUAUAUCCAUGUUCCCAAUUAUUUCAAGAGAGAAUAUUACAUAACAUUUAUCUAACUAAUCAUUUAUCCAUCUCUUGAAUAAUUUCACAAACAAGUAACAAGUAUUUUUAAAUUUGUCAUAUUUUGUACCAAUAUAUUUUAGCAGUUUUUUUGUUUUUUUUUUUAUUUCCUGAUACAUACGAACACUUCUUGAAAUAUCGAUUUAUCACCUUUUUGAAAAUCUUUUGCUUAACUUUUAAAUUGAGCGAAUUAUAAUUAUGUAGGUAAUUCCGCAAGUAAAAGUUAUUAAUAUAUGUUCAUGUGUUAAUUA